AUGUCAUUCCGUCCAACACUCAUGUCAAAAUGGAUCUCGCGUCCAAGCGAGAUCCUCUACCGUACCACCUUCAAUAACAUCCCAUCCCGCGCAUCGCGGCCCAUCUUCGCGCAAGCACAAGCGCAAGCAUUCCGACGAACCCUCACAACAACACCCUCAGCACGACUCAAGCGCCCAACCCCGAGCACGCUCUUCCCCAAACAGCGUCUGAACCGACGCUACAAUUCCGGCUCUAGCAAUGGCAGUGGUAGUGAGAAUGCAAAUGGACAAGCCGGACGCACGGAGAAGGCAUCCCUAUCUGAGCGACUGAAGAAGCUGUCGCGGGAAUACGGAUGGGCUGCGUUGGGAGUGUAUCUUGCGCUAUCGGCGCUUGAUUUCCCAUUCUGCUUUGCGGCUGUGCGUCUGCUGGGUGUUGAGAGGAUUGGACAUUAUGAGCAUGUAGUUGUUCAGUUUGUGAAGGAUAAGUUCAAGGCUGUUUGGCCGACUAGUGAUGAGUCGGAUGGACAGGGGAAGUUGGUUGAGGCUGAGGAGAGGAAUAAGGAUGAAGCGAGCAUUUGGACACAGUUGGUGUUUGCGUAUGCGAUUCACAAGAGCUUCAUUUUCAUUCGAGUGCCUUUGACGGCGGCUGUGUUGCCCAAGGUUGUGAAGACACUACGGGGAUGGGGAUGGAAUAUUGGCAAGAGGAAGCCUAAGAGUACUUGA